CUCUGGCAGUCAACCAAGCAAAAAGAACAUCUAGGCAAACAAAGAGCAAUAUACCUGUUGGAAUAAUUCACAAAGUUGCCAGCAGAUGUGGAAAGCUAAAAUUCCUUAUGUGGUGUACAUUGAACAGGAAUGUAGCAGUGUUAGCACUGUUAUCAUUCAGAUAAGCAAAAUCCUGUACCAUCUAUACAUUCUAGCAGUUCUUCCACCUAGAACGAUCAUAUGAUUUGUUGCAUUCUGAUGGAGAUGUAGUUAAAAUUAAAAUACUAAUACUUUCAAUUUUAAUACUCUAGGGCUUGAUCUUUUGGAUAAAAGCAGACAUUAAGAAGGCAAACUCACCGUGUAUACCCUAUGUAUACAUAUUUUUAAUAUUCCAUAGUAUGGAUUAGUCCAUACCAUGACAAGUAUGGACUGACAAGUUCUUAAUUGAGAAGUUCUUUCAACAGGGAGAUGAGAUACCUUCUUAAUUAGUUUCUGAAUUUAGUUUGAUCUGUUCUUUUUUUUUUUUCCUUCUGCCUUUCUACUGUAUUGAUUCCUUGGGGAUCAGACAGCAUUUUAUUUAUGCUUAGUGUUGAAUCUUACUAGCAAGAGUAUGUUAUUGGCAUUAGGCAGACGAAUUAUUCAAAAUACCUGCUUGCUGCAGAGCAAACCUUCCAAAUAAUUGAGAGAAAAAAUAAAAACCAACCCUCUAAAUUUUUCACUUUCUUUUGAAAACUGUCUCUCAGAAAGAGAUUAUUUAGUAAUUCUUAAGGACUACAUUUUUUUUUUAUAAAUUGGAUAAAUUUGGAGAAUACUACCAUAUGGAUAUAAAUUUUAUUGUUAAAAAAAACCCCAAUUCUUAAAUGAAUAUUAUAUUAUUCUGGUGCUGAUUUUGUCUUUAUUAGCUUUUCUUGCUAUUGAAUACCUAUGAACCAACACUAAAACCAGCAUGUAUCCUUGGGCAUCAUCAAGUGGUGGAGCAAACUGAUGGAAAUACAUAAUAUUUCUUGAUAAGUAGCCAUUAUAACUGAGGAUUUAGUAUGACUAGUAAUGAUAAUAGCAUCAAGGAUAGAAAGUCAGUCAAAUAACAAGGAUCAGGAAAUCUGUGAAUGUUAAUAGACUUCAUGUUCUUCAAGAACAAGUGGAAUCUUCCAAAAUGUUUAGAGCUUCAGUCUGCUCUGAAUCUCCAGGGCUGCUUUGUUUUUAAUUUAAAUGUCCCCCAUCUUCCUUCCUCCUCUGUCAGCCUUUUAAAUCUUUGGUAGCUUCUUUGAAGAUAACAUAAACAGGUUUCCAGUCUCAAAGUAAUAUAAUGGGUUUUUUUUCUCUUUAAUCAGGGUAGCAAAUCAGAAAAAAAAUAAUCUUUUUCAAAAGAGGAAUGAGGGUUUUUUUCUUCCGGGAAGAAAAAUUCUUCACAGACCUCUGAAGUCUGUGAUUCUUCCAAGAUUUUCUUUUAUGCCAGUCCUUCUUUCUAACUCUCAGUAAUGGCAUUAAGAAAACAGAGAAUAAGGGAAAAAUAAGAAACUUUCCAUCAUAUCACAGUUUAAUCCAUGUGCUGUCAUGCUCAGAGUUUACCAGGAGAGAAUCAACUCCAGCAACCUGUGAAGUCAGCUGAAGUCUUUCAACAUUUGGGAUGUAAUGAAGAUUUUGAAUUGAGAGGAGAAAAGAAACCUAAUGAAAGCAUGAUGGAUGUGGAAUAUUUGCAAAACCAGAACUCUUCCAGUAAACCUGAAUACCCAGAAAAUAAACUGGAAAUGAACAGAAGAAAAUUAAAUGUAGACAGAUAUGAUAAAAUCAAAACUGAUAGAACAUUUAAGCAACUUUUAAAUGUCAGUGGUCAAGAAAGCAGCAUUAGUGGCAGCAGAGACAGUAAGCUACAUACAGAGCAUGAGAGUUUAAUGGGUUUUGGUAAUCAAAGUAAGGAACAAAAAAAUGGCAGAAAGGGUUGUUUUCUUUCAACUGAAAUCUCUGUGAGUGUGAACAAUGAUUCUGGUGAAAUGUUAGAGGAACAAAUUGCUAAUGGAGAGAGACAGAAAACAGAGGGGAAAUCAAAGUCGCCUAAAGUGGAAAUGAUACACAAAACCAAAGGAAAAAAAAAUGCAAGAAGGGCAGGGAGUGAUGUUUCAACAAAGGAAGAAUGUGAAAUGCAAUCAGAAACUGAUUUUGAGCUAACAACAAAGAAAGCUGAAGUAACUCCAAAAACUGCAGAGCAGGCCCUGGGUAUCAGCCCUUACAAACAGCAACAUUUUUCACAGAGAACUCAUUUUCAAUGUCAGUGUAAAGAGCAUUGCUUUACAGAAAGCAAAAGCCAUAAUACUUUAAAAUUUGAAGACAGAGAGUUUCAAGUGUAUGUUGAAGAAGGUGAUUCUCUUUCAUGUGCAACAGAUGCAACAUCUUUAGAGAAAGUUGCGUCCUCUUUCAGAGAGCUGGCAGUGCACAAUGGAAGUGAGAAAACAAAGUUAAAUUUGCAAUCUAUGAGCAAUCCAGGUGUUUAUUGUAGUGUUGAAAGGAGUAUUGACAAACUGCAGAAAGCAUCUCUGGAUAAAGAUUACUCUCUAGUAGAAAAUGAAAUCCUAGAAAAAUCAAAUUUAAAUUCAAAUAAAGCCAAGAAUAAAGAGCAAGAAAUUUUGGUUCUUUCUUCAGGAAAUAUUUCAGAGAGUCACUGUGCAGCAAAAGUCUCUGAAUCCUAUCCUUUAGAUUGUCAAGUAUCAUCACUGCAGAUUGAUCAACAUUUAGGUACAGAAUUGUUAGGAAAUACGGGUGAUUUAAAUGAAAAUUUAGGUCUCUCAGGAAUUUUUUCUGGAGGAGAGGAUUAUUUUCCAUUAUCAGAAGAUGAACUAACAAAAAAGCUUUUAAGUCACUAUGAAAAAGUAAGUGUGAAGAAAAUGCCACAGGGUAACACUUAUGGUUUGGACAGCAUAAAGAGAAGUGGGAAGAAGCAGAGUGGAGAAGACAGGCUAGAACAGGGUCAGAAAUGCAAAGAUUUAUUGCUAGUUUCAGAAACAGACAGUAGAGACGAGGGUAAUAGCACAAAGGUCCCUGGAAAAACCACUGAACUCCAGAAAAUAUUUAGUGAAAAAGUAGGCAUAAAAGCCUCAUUUGAAAAACAAGAAAAGCAAAAAAAGAAAGAGAAACAUAAUGAAGAGAAAAGGAGCACAACAGUUGUUAAGGUACCAGAGUUUUUAUGCAAUUCAAAUGAAAGAGUUAAUCUAAGAAUGAUUCUAAAUCAAUGCAAAUCAACAUUUGAAUCACAAAAUAUGUCAAGGUCAAGUGAUUUAAGAUUGAUUGAGGAUAAUUUAAAAAAUGAAUAUGCUAAUCUUGUAUCAAUUACUGUACAUUUUGAGAUGGUUAAGAUUUUUAAGUUCUUAGAAAUUAAUAGUUUUGUUUAUUUUAUGUUGAUAUUUGCCAUCCUUUUCUCCACCCAACUGAUGCUCAGCAUGUUGACUAAAAUGAAAUCUAAGAAGAUGCAGUUUGUUACUGCACCUAUAAUUUUAGGUCUUCUUUUUCAAGCAUAAUACAUUAGAUUUUGUGUUUAUGUGAGUAUUAAAGAUCUGAUAACAAAUCAAUUUACAUACUUUGUUCUAUUGGGGGCUGUUCAAAAUUAUAAUACAGGGAAACAUGGAGAGGAACUGGAGAAGCUGCCUUUGCAUUAGCCUUUUAAGAAAAGUCUCAGAUAUCAUACAAAAAAUCAAGUAAACCUGGUAAAUUUAAAGUAACCCAACAGUUUGUUUGUUUGAAAACUUUGCUGUCAUUACCCUUCAUACCCUGUUUGUAUGAUCAUAGGAAUAUAGGUGUGUUCUUACUUCAUGUUAGCUCACAUUUGGUAACUUAGCACCGCAACAGUGCUAAUGAAGAACCAGGUAUGUAUAGUUUCAACCAUAUUAUUACUGGUGAUUACACUCCUUGCUCAAAAGAUUUGCUCUGGAUCUGUCAAUAUAUGGAGACUACCAGCCAGCUGGUUUUCAUUAGGAUUUUCCUAAUUACCAUAUUUACACUUGUGUGUCUGCACUGCAGAGCAGCUGUGCUCUUGCUGGUCCCCCAGCUGGGUCAGUGGGGGCACAGGGACUGGGGAGCGCACCAUGGAGAGCAGAUGUAUGGGGGUUUGGAUACUGUUCUUUCUGGAGCUGCUGCAUCAUGGCUCUGAGAUGCUGUUUCUUUUCUUGGAGGGGAUUUCCAAACUUUUCUUGUGUGGUUUGUGCUUGCAAGCUUAAUUCCUUGUUCCAGCUCCUGCUGAACUGGUUGAGAAACAGUAGGCCACUUUCUCUUUGGGAAUUCUUGCACGCUGUAUUCAGGUCAUUGUUUGCUCUGCCUAUUUGUUUGGAGAGAAAGCCAAAGUGAGCUGUUUGGUGCUGCUUUCUGCUAAGAGGCAUCUGACUGAAGUGAGAGGCUGCAGGAUUUCUUCGCUUUGUGGAUGUCUUUGCCAAGGGUUUCAUAUUUGGCUAAUGGUAACUUCCUGAAGCCUUUAAGAGAAGGUGAUGGUGGUGGGAACUGCUCAUCCCGCUUUCUGGACAUACCAUGUAUGCAUGAGUAAGUAUUUUCCCUUCUGCUUUUCUAAGAGCCUAAUAUGUUCCAUAUGCUGUAUUACAAAAAGUGCAUUCCAACUUAUCUUAUUC